CUCUAAAAAGUGUAGCUACAUAUAAUCAGAGGCGGUGACAGACAGUUGACCUGUAUAUAUACACCCACCGAUCUGCUUAUUCAGAGUUAUUCAUCAACGAACAUCAUGAGCGGAAGACUUUUUGUGCUGGGGCUGCUGAUCAUCUAUAUUGCAGCAGGUGCUGCAGACAGGCCUCCUAAGAGCGAUCUUUUGCUCAAAUGUCCUCCAAAGAUCUACAGAUGCACAAACACUUUUCGCCCUGUGUGCGGCAGUGAUGGAAUCACUUAUACCAAUACCUGUACGCUCUGCCUGAAGAUACAAAAAACCAAGAGGAAAAUUUAUAUCUCCAACAGGGGAACCUGCACAUUCUUCCAGUAUGGUUGAUAACUUCAACACAAUGAGGCAGCCCAGAAAAAUGAUAUAUUCACUGUUGUCUCACUGUAAUAAAGUCUAAGUUUGAUCAACCUGUGA